GCACUCGAAAUAGUACAUUGGCAGUACGCUGAGUCAACUGAAUACCACUCCGCAUCCCUCGUUCUCACUCAUCUCGACCCUGUGCGAACGCGUCCUCGCUCGCGCGUGGUCUUUCAAAAGCCCCGCAGUUUUUCCGUGACCUGCAUUCUUCUCUCGCUCAUUUUUAUCGCUAAGCGGGUUCAGUAGCGGUCGGGUAUAAAACGUACUCGAGCGAGAUGCACAGUCGAUCAGCAGGCCGCUUUGUGACAGCGAACAGCCUACUAAAAUGCUCUCCGUCCUUGCGCUCCUCUCAGCGGCCCUCGCGCCGCAGCUCGUGAGCGGCCAGGUUCCUCGCCUCGGCGGUGUCAACACUGCAGGGUUUGACUUCACGGUGUAUACCAACGGCAGCUUCACGAACAAUGCCGCGGCUCCGCCCACUUGGCAAUACACCCACUUCUCUGCCGAGGGUGCCAACCUCUACCGUAUCCCCUUCGCAUGGCAGGAGAUGACACCUACCCUUGGUGGGCCCAUCAACGAAACCUUCCUCUACGAUGAGUACAAUCCCAUCGUGCAAGCUGCGCUUGCGUCCAGUCCCGACGCCUAUGUCAUCGUUGACGUCCACAACUACGCUCGCUGGAACGGCGAGAUCAUUGCCCAGGGCGGCCCGACCAACGAGCAGUACGCCUCCCUCUGGUACCAGCUCGCCGGCUUUUACGGGUCGACCCCGCGUGCCCUCCUCGGCCUGAUGAACGAGCCCCACGACCUCGACAUCCCCACCUGGGCCGAGUCCGUGCAGUACGCCGUCAACGCGAUCCGGGCCGCCGGCGCGCAAAACUACCUCCUGCUCCCCGGCUCGAACUACACCUCCGCCGCGACCUUCCCCACCGGCGCCGGCCCGUACUUGCUGAACGUCACCGACCCACUCGGCGGCACCGAGAAGCUCAUCUUCGACGUCCACAGGUACCUCGACUACGACAACAGCGGUACCCACGCCGAGUGUGUCACCAACAACACGGAAGUGUUCGAGACGCUCGUCACCUGGUUGCAAGCGAACGGCAACCGCCAGGCCAUCCUGAGCGAGACCGGCGGAGGCAACACCGCCAGCUGCGACGAAUACCUCUACCAGGAACUCGCGUACAUCAAGAACUCGUACCCCAGCAUGGUCGGCUUCUCCGUCUGGGCCGCGGGCUCCUUCGCGACCAACUACAUCCUGUCGAUGACGCCCUACGCAAAUGGCACCGACCAGCCCCUGUACAACGUUGCUGUGCGGCCGAACUUGCCCGCUCCGGUGUAAUAUUGAGCUUGCCGUAGGAGUAGUACUCGUGUGCACUUCCAAUGAAUUGAAGUCUGCUUUGUG